GGGCGAUUCGGAAAAACAAGAAAGGAAAGAGAAAGACGCUAACACGAAAAAGCAGAGGAGCUGGCCAUCCGCGGGGCGGCGCGGCGGGCGCUGUCACGGAGCGUGCGGGGCGGCGGAGCAGCGCACGGUGUCGCUGCAGGCUCAGGAACGGCUGCGUGUGGGCGGCUCCGCCCCGGUGCGGCGGAGAGCCCGGCUGUGAGCGCGGGGGGGCGGCGCGGGCCGGGCAGCAGAGCCGGAGCGUCCGGGCGGCGGCGGGGAGCCGUGCGGGGCCCGGGCCGGGGCCGGCAGCCACAGCGGCGGCGGCGGCGACAGCGACAGAGGCGGCGGCAGCAGCAAGGAUGGGCGAGCGCUGGAGUGCGGCGGUGCGGGUGCUGGUGCUGCAGGCGGCCUGGGCGCUGGCGGGCGGGCAGGUGCGCUACUCGGUGCCGGAGGAAGCCAAGGGCGGCACGGUGGUGGGCCGGCUGGCGCAGGACCUGGGCCUGGAGGCGGGCGAGGCGGAGGCGCGGCGGCUGCGGCUGGUGGCGCAGGGCCGGCGGGCGAGCGUGGAGGUGAGCGCGGCGAGCGGCGCGCUGCUGGUGAGCUCGCGGCUCGACCGGGAGGAGCUGUGCGGCAAGAGCGCGCCGUGCGCGCUGCGCCUGGAGGUGCUGCUGGAGCGGCCGCUGCGCGUCUUCCAUGUGCAGCUGGAGGUCACCGACAUCAACGACAAUGCCCCCGUCUUCCCCGCCGCCCGAAAAAACAUCAGCAUAUCGGAGAACUCCCCUCCUGGAUUUCGUUUCCCGCUGGAGGGCGCGUCGGAUGCGGAUAUCGGAGCGAACGCGCAGCUCACCUACACACUCAGCCCCAGCGAGCAUUUCUCUCUGGAUUUACAAAAAUCCCAUGAGCGCAAUAUUGAACCUGAACUCGUUCUAACGAAAUCUCUGGACCGCGAGACGAUUCCCGUGCACCGGUUGGUGCUGACGGCGACUGACGGGGGCCGGCCGUCUCUGACGGGCACCAUGGAGCUGGUGAUCUCGGUGCUGGAUGCGAACGACAACGCGCCCCAGUUCAACCAGUCCGUGUAUAAAGUGCAGGUACCGGAGAACGCUGCAGAGGGGACGCUGGUGACGAGGGUGAAUGCCACGGAUGCGGACGAGGGAAUUAACAGUGAAGUGACCUAUGCUGUGACGAAUUUCAUUCCCCCGAGUGGAAAAGAUGUGAUUUCCAUCAAUCCGAAUACCGGGGAAAUCCACCUCACAGCGGCCCUGGACUUCGAAGAAGUCAGUAUAUACGAUUUUCGUAUUGAAGCGACGGAUAAGGGAACGCCCUCGCUGUCCGGCCACUGCAAGGUGGUGCUGGAGGUGCUGGACGUGAACGACAACGCGCCGGAGGUGUGGGUGACGUCGCUGUCGGUGCCGGUGUCGGAGGACGCGUCGGUGGGGACGGUGGUGGCCGUGCUGAGCGUGUCGGACCGGGACUCGGGGGAGAACGGGCGCGUGCGGUGCUGGGUGUGGCCGGCGUCGCCGUUCGGUCUGGAGGCGACGUUCGCGGGCUCGUACUCGCUGGUGCUGCGCGAGGCGCUGGACCGGGAGCGGGUGUCGGAGUACGAGGUGGAGGUGCGUGCGGAGGACGGCGGGGCGCCGACGCUGCGCGCCAGGCGCGGGCUGCGGCUGCCGGUGUCGGACGUGAACGACAACGCGCCCGCGUUCGCGCAGGCCGUGUACACGGUGCUGGCGCGGGAGAACAACGCGGCGGGCGCGGAGCUGGCGCGGCUGUGGGCGCGGGACCCGGACGAGGCGGGCAACGGCCGCGUCAGCUACUCGCUGUGGGAGGGCGGCGUGGGCGGCGGCGGGGCCGCGGGCUCGUCGUGGUGGUCGUCGGGCGGCGGGUGGCGGGCGGCGUCGAGCUACGUGUCGGUGGACGCGGAGAGCGGGCGCGUGUGGGCGCUGCAGCCCUUGGACUACGAGGAGCUGCAGGUGCUGCAGUUCGAGGUGCGCGCGGUGGACGCGGGGGAGCCGCCGCUGAGCGGCAACGCCACGGUGCAGCUCUUCGUGCUGGACGAGAACGACAACGCGCCGGCGCUGCUGCCGCCCGCGGGCUCGGCGGCGGAGGCGGGCGCGGCGGCGGCGGCGGCGGCGGAGGCGGCGGCGGGGGCGCUGGGCUUGGGCUGGGAGUCGGGCACGCUGUGGGCUCGGGCGGCGUGGGGGGCGCCGGCGGGGCAGGUGGUGGCGAAGAUCCGCGCCGUGGACGCCGACUCGGGCUACAACGCGUGGCUGCGCUACGAGCUGUGGGAGCCGCGGGGCAAGGGCCCGUUCCGCGUGGGGCUCUACAGCGGCGAGGUGAGCACGGCGCGGGCGCUGGACGAGGCGGACGGGCCUCGCCACAGGCUGCUGAUCGUCGUGCGCGACCACGGCGAGCCGGCGCGCUCGGCCACGGCCACGCUCAGCGUGUCGCUGCUCGAGGCCGCCGAGGCGGCGCUGGCCGCGGCCGCGGGAUCCUCCUCGGCGGCGGCGGCGGCGGCGGCGUCGCCGUCGCGCUCGGCGGCGGGCGCGGAGCUCGGGCCCGGCGCGGCGAGCGCGGCCACCAACGUGUGGCUGGUGGUGGCCAUCUGCGCCGUGUCCAGCCUCUUCCUGCUGGCCGUGGUGCUCUACGCGGCGUCGCGCUGGGCGCCGCGGGCCGCCGUGCUCUCGGCGCCCGGGCCCACGACGCUCGUGUGCGCCAGCGAAGUGGGCAGCUGGUCGUACUCGCAGCGCCACAGCCGGAGCCUGUGCGUGGCCGACGGCGCCGCCAAGAGCGACCUCAUGGUUUUCAGCCCCAACUUCCCUCCGCCGCCGCCCGGCGCCGCGCCCAAGGACACGCAGCCGGAGCCCUCCGCUCUCCUCGACACGGUCAGUGGCACUCCUUGGUCGCUUCUCGCCAUUUCCCUCUCCUUCUGCUUCUUCUUAUCCCCCUUGUGGGCUUUCCCUUUUUUCUACGGGGCUUCGUCCCCACAGCUCGGUGGAUGCCGGGUGCUCUCUGGAUACUCAAGGUUUUCAGUGGCUUCUUCGCAUCUUCCGUGGGUGGGAAAUAGAUGUAUUAUGGCCUUUUGGAUCAGGUACUGUCUGUAGCUGAGGAUUGCUCGUCUGGGUUUGUAGUUCUGUCUUUGAAUGAAAUCAUUGCCGAUUACCAUAAGAGAUGUCUGGAGGUGUCAGUUUUGCGGAGAGUGCUUUUGCUUUCUAGUGUUUAGCAUUUCCACCCAAGCUGGCUUGAACGGGUACAAGACACGCAGGCUGUGGUGUUUACUGUUCCCCAGGCCCUUUUACCACUUUAUUUCCCUUUCUGUCUGCUGAAUUUAUUUGUGUUAGUCUGUGUUAUUUUUG